AUGCUUAGUUCACAGCAGUCCGAAUGUAGAGCCAGUCCCAAGGAGAGCACAGAGCCCGCUGUGGAUCUGCUGGGCCUGGAUGCUCCAGAGGGUGGUGGGAAGGGCUCGGGCAGUGCUGCACCAAUCGGUGAUGAACUGGACAUCUUUGGGCCAAUGGUCUCCAACCCUCUGCCCUCGUCCAACAACACACAGCAGGCUCAGUCUGGUUCCAGUACGGCACCUCCGCAGGCGGACCCCUCCACCUCCUCCGCUGCCUCCUCUUCUACCUCCACCACUACCACCACGAAGGCAGAGCAGAAGAAGCUUUUAUCUAAAGACUCCAUCCUGUCUCUGUAUGCCAGCAGCUCAGUGGGCAGUCAGCCGCAGAGCCAGCCACAGGCUGCUCCAGGACAAGCAGGAGUGUACAUGGGCCAGCCUCAGAUGCAGUUCACUCCGCAGGGUUUCACCCCAGGGAUGGGCGGAGCCGUGCCACCCACCACCAUGAUGGGUGGAGGGGCCAUGAUGUCCGGCAUGGCUUUGUCCAACGGCGGCUACAUGGGCGUGCCACAGCAGGGUGUGAUGCCAGCCAGCCAGGGACAGAACAUGUACAGCAUGCAGCAAGGACAGCAGCAAGGACAGUGGAAUAUGGGCCAGAUGACCCAGCAGAUGUCAGGCAUGGCCAUGAGUGGCGGAGGGCCGGCGCAAGCCACUUUCAACCAGUCAGGGGCCCCCGCGGCUGGUUGGCCCGCUGCUCCCCCUGCGGCUUCUGGCCAGACCCUCAGCACUCAGCUGUGGAAGUGACAAGGUGUGGGUCCAGAAGAUGAGUGGGGGGGAAACUAGAGUGGUAAUAUGGCAACAAAAAUGGCCAAAUCUGCUCCUGACCCGCCCGUCUCCUCACAGCUCCGUAUAAAGAACGCACAGCGGGGGUAGUUUGACUGCCCCUCCCACACCCUACACACCUUCAGUGUGGUUUCUUUAAAAAGCCAAGACAUCACACUGGAUAGAGCGCAGGGGGAAAAAAAAGAAAGACUGGCAGCUGUUGUUUCCCAUCUUUAUUUCUACUUAUCUCUUCCUUUAGUUGUUGUCUGAAGAAAGAGACAAAACAGCAGAAUCAGAAAAGAAAGCUGCUGGAUCAAUAACUCCAAGUGUCUAUUCUAGUAAUAUAAUAUCAUUACCAAAAUGGAUAGUUAGUGAGUAGUAUUUCAAUACGUACAGUAGAUAUGGCUAUCUUGUGGUUGGUCUUUGCUACCCUGUCCUCCCACCUCUCUCUGCUGUGUAUAUUGUAAACCCCCCCCCCUCCUCUCCUCCCCCUCCCCCUCUCUAUAGGGCGGGCCGAGGCUCGUAGCAGCUAAUAGUCUGAACAGUACUGUAUUUAUGUGAAUAAGAUGUGAAUCUUCCACUUUUUCAGAGCCAUAGAAGAUUUGAUGACUUUGUUUGGUUUGGGUUCUCUUCAUCACGUGACACUCAUUAUCACAACCGCUUGAGGUUAGAUUUUUUUCCCUCAGCAGCCAGUGUACCGCUCAUCAUCUCUACAGUAAAGAUCACAUACACCGGUGGUUCCUAACCUUGGGGUUGGUUUAAAAGAUCCUGAGGGGUUGCAAAAUCGUUAAAAUAGGAAAUAGAAGAAAAAAAAAAAUUCUCAUUUUUUAUUUUAUUUUUUCUGAAUUUGAGUGUUUUGCCUCCUGGAACUCUGACAACUAUUCCACAUCGUUAGAGAGGGUAACAUCACUCUUUCAACUUCUCUUUUUUUAUUUCACGACUGUAAUGAUUUUUUCUCCACAAAUGCAAAAAGACUAAAACAUGACUGAAACAUUAAAGGUUUAGCAAAAAUAAACAACUGCUGUGCCUGCAGCGCUGUCAUUGUUAUGCAUAUUCAAAACAAUAUACGCCUAUACAGCGAAGGACUCUUUGUCUCUUUGUAGUGAAGGGCGAGAGCAGUCACCCUACCUGGAUUCAAGCCCAGGUCGACCAAACAAUGAACAGCACCCUCAUUCGCUUUCUUGCUGAGAAGAUUCGAUUCGAUUAGAAGAGUGAUACCACUCUCAUGUCUGUCUGCUAGGUCUCUAGUUGGAGCUGGGCAGCGGUUAGCCUAGCAUAGCAUAAAGACUGGAAGCAUUGGGAAGCAGCUAGUCUGGCUCGGUCCAAAUUUUAAAAUUAUGCCUAACAACACCUCUAAAUAAUCAAGUAAGUGACACUUUAUAUUGUGUUUUGUUCAAUCCGUACACAAAAAGAAAUGUAAAAAAAAAACAUUUGGAGUUAUGUGCUGAAACUGGGGAACCACUGAUAGACACACUACACUGGCUGUGACAACAAUAUUUGGCCAGUUGAUGUUGUUACUUUUAAAUAUUGAAGAUUGAGAUGAAAAUAUCGGUCCAACCCUGUUUCUCCUUCUUCAAGCUGGUUAAAAACAACCUAGAACUCCAAAUGUCAAGGAUUCCCUUUAAGACUCAGUAAUUGCUGGGCAGCCCUUGUCUCCCCUGGGUGUCUUUGGUAGCCAUGCUGUGGUGUUUUGAAGUGUUUUAAAACCAAACGAGCUGGGUUUAGUGGAAACUGGGCUCCGACCCAGUUAAGACAGUCCUUGUUGUUGAAAUGAGCCAUUUCCUCAGCACUCCCCAAGGCAAAUUAAAGCACUACUGGAAUCCCAGCUGUUUGUCUUUACUGCACUUUAAAUAGCAGAGCAGGUACCCCUGUCUCGCUGUGUUGUGGUUUCAUUUCAGAAAAUUCUUGUGUGGGAUCAGCAGGGACGAUAGGAUUUCUGCAGUCUUUUUUAAAUUGAGUGAAUGUGACACCCAAAACAUUGCUCCCUUUACAUAGGAUGCUAUAACCGUAUGUUCUGCCAUCCGCCAUCUUUAUUGUGGUGUUUUGUUGUGUGCAGUACAAGAGAAGCACAGUUCGUCUGAAGCAAAUAAACCUGGAUGACCAAUAAGAGGGCUAGACUGGCAGGGCGAGGAACAGGAGUGGACAGUGGUUGCAAAAGGGGACUUGUAUGAAAACACUGGAUGGGUCCCUUCACCACUGUCCAGUCUGUGUUUAUUGGGAGUAAGAACAGAGGAGCAAGAGUGGAAAUGAACAAACACACUUACUUACUUACUUACUUACUUACGCACACAAAGUUACGAUCACACAGCCGAGUGGCGAUGCAGAGAUUCAUGUCCGUAUACACAGGGUCCCUCUGCCAUGCAAUAACUGUAGCACUCUCAUGUGGUUAGUGUGAACAACCCAUAAACAUAUUCAAUAAAUCUAAUGUCCUCCAGGUUUAUUUCCAGUGUGUUUACAUUUUCUGGUGCCUAGUACAGAGAAAAAAAAAAAGUGGUUUCCGUGCAUUAAAAAAAAUAUCCAGGAAUUUUUCUGUGUUCAUCUUUGUCCAAUGACUCUUUCAACUGUAAAAGUACUGUUUUUUCUUUUUGGAAUUUUAUUGGUUUGCUCCUUUUUUUCUGUUCCAAGUUUUACAGAAGGGUCAUUUGAAAUAAAGGCUGUUGGAUCCUG